AUGGAUGUGCCUGGAUGGGACGCUCCCUGGUUAUCAUCUAGAUCGUGGGGUGGAGGAUGGUGUAACAACCACAGGAGCUGUGUGUACCGCAAAACAAGUCGCCGUGGUUCUUCAAACUUCAUGGAAAAAGCUUUGGCCUUCACUGGAAUAUUGAGCAAUAAAUCUGAAGAGAAUCCUGACUUCUUUAACUGGAACAGGAUCAAGCUGCGGUACUGUGAUGGUGCGUCUUUCGCUGGGGAUAGUCAGGACGAGAGUUCACAAAUUUUCUAUAGAGGACAACGAAUCUGGCAAGUGGCUAUGGAAGAAUUCAUGUCUUUAGGCAUGCAGAAAGCAGACCAGAACCUCCAAAAUAAUCUGUCGAGUACUUGUACAAACCAUAUGGAUCCUACUUCGAUCCAAGAGAGCUUAGCUCCUCCAAGUGCUGACCCAGGCGGCACCUGGAAGGCAUGCAAAUUCGAUCACUCGCAGUGUAAUUCAUCACAGAUCCAAUUCUUCCAAGAAUUCAGGAAUCAAAUGGUGCUUGCUGUAAAAUCAUUCUCGGAAUCUGAGCAGAACGGUGUUUUUAUAAACUCUUGCUUUGCGCAUUGUCAGUCUGAAAGACAGGACACUUGGUUUGCCCAAGAUUCUCCCCAGCUAAACGGGAAGCGAGUGGCAGAGUAUGUUGGUGACUGGUACUUUGACCGAUCCAAACAUUGUGAAUCAAACAGCUAUAGCUCUAGAGAUCUCAGCUUCUUCAAGAGCCUCUCUGGUCUCUCUAGUGUUGACAGAGCUCAUCCUCAGAUUCUUAGUUUGGUAGAGGACACAGUGUCCAUUUCGUUCAAAUUUGAUCGGAAUUUAGUCGUCUUUGCUGCAUUUCCCGGAGCGCCAGGAAUUGGCUUUGUUGCGCCGGCGGAGAAGAUGAGGAGCAUAUUGUUGUGGAUCGCGGUGGCUGUAUGCUCGCUAGGCUCUGUCGCGGCGGUGAUUCAGAGCGGAUCUAGCGAUGGAUUUAGGGAACCAAGAGAUACCGAGACGGCGAUAUCGUUUCUGGAAAACGAAUCGAUAGCAUCAAAGGCUUCCAUGGUGCCUCUCACCUUGAUUCAAGGAGCUGACUCCAAAGGAGCUGUGUGCCUGGAUGGGACGCUGCCUGGUUAUCAUCUAGAUCGUGGGUUUGGUUCAGGUGCCAACAGUUGGCUUAUCCAUCUUGAGGGAGGAGGAUGGUGUAACAACCAUAGUAGCUGUGUGUAUCGGAAAACAACUCGCCGUGGUUCCUCUAGAUUUAUGGAAAAAGCUUUGAACUUCACUGGAAUAUUGAGCAAUAAACCUCAAGAGAAUCCUGGCUUCUUUAACUGGAACAGGAUCAAGCUGCGCUACUGUGAUGGUGCGUCUUUCGUUGGGGAUAGUCAGGACGAGGGUUCACAACUCUUCUAUAGAGGACAGCGAAUUUGGCAAGUGGCUAUGGAAGAAUUCAUGUCUUUAGGCAUGCAGAAAGCGGACCAGGCUCUGCUUUCUGGAUGUUCAGCGGGAGGAUUAGCUUCCAUCCUGCACUGUGAUGAGUUCAGGGAACUGUUACCUAACUCUACCAAAGUAAAGUGCUUAAGUGAUGCGGGAAUGUUUCUGGACGCAGUGGAUGUCUCUGGGGGCCAUUCGCUUAGGAAUAUGUUCCAAGGUGUUGUUGCAGUGCAGAAACUUGGAAAGGACUUGUCCAGUACGUGUACAAAUCAUUUGGAUCCUACUUCGUGCUUCUUUCCCCAGAACUUGGUUUCAGACAUCAAAACCCCAACGUUUCUUCUCAACACAGCAUAUGACUCGUGGCAGAUCCGGCAGAGCUUAGCUCCUUCAUCUGCUGAUCCAGGCCGCAUCUGGAAGGCAUGCACAUCCGAUAUCUCCCAUUGUAAUUCAUCGCAGAUCCAAUUCUUCCAAGAAUUCAGGAAUCAGAUGGUGCUUGUCAUAAACUCAUUCUCAGAAUCUGACCAGAACGGUGUUUUCAUAAACUCUUGCUUCGCGCACUGUCAGUCUGAAAGACAGGACACUUGGUUUGCUCAAGAUUCUCCCCAGCUAAACGGAAAGUGGUUCUCGAACAGCUCCUGA